UACUGUAGGAGGAUUCUGUGGGGCCGCACUGCCACUGAAACCGGAAGUAUCCAGUGACAAGCUGCGAUAGCAGUUCCGAUGACUGUCCACAAUUUGUAUCUGUUCGACCGAAAUGGAGUGUGUCUGCAUUACAGCGAGUGGCAUCGCAAGAAGCAAGCGGGGAUCCCUAAGGAGGAGGAGUACAAGCUGAUGUAUGGGAUGCUCUUCUCUAUCCGUUCGUUUGUCAGCAAGAUGUCCCCACUAGACAUGAAAGAUGGCUUCCUGUCAUUCCAAACUAGCCGUUACAAACUCCAUUACUAUGAAACGCCCACGGGGAUCAAGGUUGUCAUGAAUACUGACUUGGGCGUGGGACCUAUCCGAGAUGUGCUCCACCACAUCUACAGUGCGCUGUAUGUGGAGCUGGUUGUGAAGAACCCACUGUGUCCACUGGGCCAAACUGUGCAAAGUGAGCUCUUCCGCUCCCGGCUGGACUCCUACAUCCGCUCUCUGCCUUUCUUCUCUGCCCGGGCUGGCUGACGGAAGCACCUUACCUCACCCCUCAAGGAACUCCUGUCUGCCUGGGGGCCUGCCUAAACCACUGUAGGACUCCACUGCCAGCCCCCUAACGCCCCCAGGAGCCCUUUCAGAGCCACAACCCUAAACCAACCCAGGUGCUCUGUCACAAGAAGCCAACAGGAGUCCCUACACCUCCAAACCAGACCCUCUCUCCAGUUUUAUCCCCUACCUAACUGCAAGAAAUACAAAAUAAACUUUUUGUCACCUUCUGCA